UCGAAAUUUCAUGUAAAAAUGUGCAACAGAUCUUUGUCGAAGGUUUUAGUGAAACAAUCGUCAUCUGUAGCUGAGCAGAUGCUCUCUGGUUUUUCCACUGACGGAUAUUUAUUUUCGUGAACCUAAGCGUGCUUCUGCUCGUUAAUUGCAUAAGUAGUAGUAGUAGGUAGAGAGUGGUGGUAACAGUAGAGUGAAUAGCUUAAUGAAUGGGGGAGGAGCAGGAGAAGACUGCAUAUAUUAAAGACUGUUGAAAGAGAGAGAGAGAGAGAGAAAGACGGAGAAAAAGGUUUAGAUAGAAGUAGCUUCGUCGAUGAAUCGAGCAUGUUUAACGAAGAAGGCCCGACAGUCGGUAACCUGCUACUAGUUGGUGGGGCUUUUAAAGUUACACCCUAGUUCCUACAUUACUUUUUUUUUUUUUUUUUUUUCUGCUACUUGGGACCCAUUCAGUCAGUUUUGCUCUGCCUUCUUCUGUCUCUUUCUACAACAUGUACCAGCUUACCAGCGCCGUGAUCGUGCCUGCACAGAAAGCCCAAAGGAUCAGGCAGUUUUUGGAGAACAAAUGUCUGAUUGAUGCCAAAUUUCGCUUGAAGCAUCUAGAGUCGGAUCGAGUUGCUAUUCCACUUCUUUCUGUCGACCAAGAACUUCUGCACAAGACACUCUCAGAUUAUUUCAGCCUUGGAGAUGGCUGUGACUUUGAAUUAAAAAUGGUCAAAAUGAUGCCAUCAAAACGUUCAUUACUACGCUCACCUUAUCAGUUGCUUAUUCAAGGAUUGGAAAAACUUUUGACAGAUCAUGGUUAUAUUCUCAACAAAGAAUUAGAACUUGAUAUUGCCAAAAAAUGGGAGUGGCAUGAAGAUCUAGUUAUGCUGCCAAAGAAUUCUUUCAAACAUGAAAUUUGGGCUCAGUUUGGUUCAGAACUAUGGGAAACCAUUUCAAAUUGUCUGCAAUGUAAAAGACUGGCAAGGAAAGAGGUCAUUUCAAAUAAUGACUACCGAAGACCUCAGGUUACAUUACUGUUGGGAAACAGUGGCUGGGUGAGGCAUGUUGACAAUGGUAUUCGCUAUCAUUAUGAUGUCACCAAAUGUAUGUUGAGUGCUGGGAAUAUCACCGAGAAAUUACGAAUCUCUACGUUUGACUGUCGCCAUGAGACCAUAGUUGAUCUUUAUAGUGGCAUUGGUUACUUUACUUUGCCCUACCUUGUCCAUGCAAAAGCUAGCAUGGUCCACGCCUGUGAAUGGAACCCUGAUGCAGUACAUGCCUUGAGAGAAAAUCUCAAACUCAACAAAGUAGAAGAUCGUUGUAUCAUACAUUUUGGAGAUAACAAGAAAGUAUGUCCCCAUGGAGUUGCUGACAGAGUAAAUCUAGGAUUGUUACCCAGUAGCAGAGAAGGGUGGCUUCCAGCCUGUUUAUCUCUUAAAAGUGACAUUGGUGGCAUCUUGCAUAUCCAUGAGAAUGUUUCAACAGCAUCAAGUAAUAAAAGUGAAGAGAUUCGAAUGAGAAUCCAGAACCGAGCAGCGGAGGCAGCAGCAGAACUUUCUGCUACUCUUCAGGGUCAAACACCUUCUUUACCUCUUUACCGAAACAUCAAUCAACACUGUGGUGGUAAUAGUAGUAGUAGCAGUAGUACCAGUAGCAUUCCAAGACAAUCAUAUCUCCCUAGCGACUUUGGCAAAUAUUCAAUGGAGGAAAAUUACACAACUGACUCUGAUGAUGGUGAUAUAAUAAAAAUCUAUGAAACUUUGAAUUCAGAUCAACCACUGAGUGAGAAACAGUUACAACGCCAAGAAAAAUGGGAAGAAUGGGCAGCAGAUGUGGCAGCUUCUAUCAGACACAUUCUAGAAGAACUACACUGCAAACCAUGGGCAACUAUCGUAAAACAUAUUGAGCAUGUUAAACCAUAUGCUCCUCAUAUAGAUCACUUGGUGCUGGACCUUGAAUGUCGCCCAGCAGAAACAUUUUCUCAUGCUGGAAUGAAUUAUUAGACCCAACUGAAAUUGUUGGGCCCUUACUGUUGUAUUUAUGACAAUUCAACUUUGUGAGAUAAUCUCUGGUGGCCAGGCAAACAUUAGACAAAGAAAUAAAAAGAUUUUGAUUUGUGUGGAAGGUUCAUAAAAUUACAUUUCAUUUCCAUGUCCAAUGUUGGUCUCUCGUUCUAGCUGUCAUCUUGUAAGUUCUUAUUCACUCAUGUAAAUAGGUCAAUCAUACAAUAAUCUUCAUUGAUUUUUAUGAGCCAAAUACCCUAUACAAAGCCCUAUUUUAAUAUUUACCUCUAGUCGUCUUCCAGUACAAUCAAACAUCAAUUGGAUGGUGCAGUGAUUAUGUUGAUAAAUUGUGGACCCAAUUGUUUUACCAUAUGGUCAGUAUUUCAGUGACACAACAGUAAACAUAUGCUUGUUUUUUGUAAAUUUUUGUAUCAUUAUUAGUAUCAUUGUUUGACCCAUGGUAGCCAAGUGCCUCUUACACAUUCAAUAAUAAAUCAAUCUCCUUCAACUGCCUUUUUAAAAAAAAAAAAACCCACUUUUUAUGCUUUUACUGUUGUUCUUGUGAUGAACAGAUCUGUGAUUAUCCUGUUUUCAUUUUCAACACAUUUUUCUAAGUCCCAGGGGCCUGGAAGAUGUUUUACUGUCAAGUCACAUAUUCAUUUCAGUUCUGUUCUUGUAUGACCUUCAUUGCUCAUAAACACAGAUUCUUAUCAUCAAACAUAUAUAAACAAUCUGAGUGAUUUCAUAGAACUACAUGUUGUUGUUUUUGUUGUUGUUUGUCCCCAGGUUGGUCCUGAUUGAGCAAACUUAUGAUUAAAAGCAUUCCAAAAUGA